UUGAAGAUGAAAGAAACGUUAAGAAGAAAUUAAUUAUGUUGACGCUUAUCAAAACUAUGUUUGAAUCUAUGAUAAAAAAAAUGGAAUUAGCGGUAAUUGGUAUCACGAUUCUUCAUGAGCAUUUGUUUACUGACAUUGUUACGACAAGUCGAUGCUUCCAGGUGGCUUUGCCUUCCCUUCUACUAGAUCCUGAGUUACCCAUGAUCCUAACACCUGACGAAAUGAACGUAAUAAACGAUAUUUUUCUGUGUGAUAAAGAAGUUUGUAAACACUUAUCGUCAUCAGAUCACUCCUGCAUAAUUAUUAAUGAUUUCAAAUCAAUUUAUAAUUGGCAAUCACAAACGUUUCACGCUUUAGCAUCCGAGAACAGAAAAUCGAUGACAAACUCUGAAAUAGUCGACUAUAUCAGCACAUCUAAAUUAGACCGUACUAUCUACAAAAUAUUGAAGAUUCUUGAAAAGCACAUCGACGUUCUUCGCAUGAGUCCUCGCUAUAAAUGUAUCUCGGUACCGUCAGCUCUGUUUCUACACCACAUCCGUUAUUUAUUAGAGCAAUACGUUUUGUGCAGGAUGUUUCUUACGCCAGAACAAGCGAGGAAUAAAGAGUUACAUUACAGAAAACUUUGGCGCUGCUAUAAGAGAUCUACUGAGGAUAUUGCUACGUUUACCUGCGAUCUGGAGAGACAACGAGCUAAUCAUGGAAGAAUGCUGGAGGACGUGGUCAAGCAUUAUAAGAAAAACAUUAUUGCCAUUAACAAAAUUCACAAUAAAUGCAAUCAAGACGUCGCAAAUAUAACGUAUCUAUCUACUUAUCUGUUUGAGAAACUUUUAAAAAUCUCAUCUUUGAAGAUAUUUUUGCUUUCCGCUGCUGUUUACUUUUGCAGUACCAAGUAUGAGAGGAAACAACUCGUUUUAUACAAAACAUGGGAGCUCGAGCAAAAAGAUGUGCAACUAGCAUUGGAGAACGCCAUAGACGAUCUCAAGUCAUUAAAACAGAUGAAUGAGAAAUUGGAAGAAGACGUCCAUGAGCGAAGGUCGGCGAUUGAAUCGAAAUUAAUGGCGAUAAUAAAUGAAUACGACAUGGAAAUCGGCAGUAGAUAUCGAAUGCUUGAGGAGCUCGCUGAAACUUACGAAUACAAUAAGUCAGAGAGAUGCACGCUAGAGAACGAGAUCAAGCAACAGGAGGUGACGUACGUUAACUUCGUUAAACGAAGGGAGGAAGCCGAGAAGACGCGCUGGUAUGAGCGUUUGUCUGCGUUUCGACGAGAACGCGCGGCAAAGUUCAUCCAACGAUGGUGGCGCAAAAUUUUCCGAAGGAGGAAAGAGACGAAAAUUAGAAGGAAAAGAACGUGACUCGCGUAUCGUCAUUGCAAUAUUAUCAAAUGCGUGCUGCACGCAUUGCAGGAUUUAUUUCGAAGAUUCGUUGCGCAUUCGAUUUUGGACGCCCCGCAUGUAAAUUGAGAUAAAUCAACGCGAUGUGCAUUUUAAUCCUCUGCGAUCUGAAUUGUUUUCGGCUUUUCCAUACAGAUUCAUUCACUUCACGACAAUAUUAUGUAGUUUACAUUUACUAUACUUACAAUAUGAUGCGUUUACAACGUGUCUGACAGUUGAUGACACAUCCGUUGUGUGUAGAACUCAUCAAACUGGACACAAAAUUCCUGUAUCAUUUUGCAAACACAGCCAUAUUUUAAUUUUGCGUUAUUAUUUGGAUAUCGUCAAAUAGAAGUGUGCUGUUAUAAUAAAUGUAAUUACAUCUAUCAUAAAUACGCGCCAUGAACUGUAAUGGCGACUCGUCAACUGAAGAAAAAAGCUCUCCACUAUUUUGUAAAAUACCUAUGUAGAUUUUUAGUUAUUAAUUGAAAAAGAUUAGUGCAUCAUCGCGCAUAAUCAUGCAUUAAACUUCUUUAAUUAAUAACUAAAGCUCCACGUAAUUCGCAAGAUGGUAGAGAACUUUUUUGUUUAAUUUAAUUUCAUGUAGAGUGAGUUGAAAAAUGGUUUGGAUACA